UACGUUUCGUUAUACGACCUCAAAAUUAUAUGACGUUGAUAAUAUACGACGCGUCGCACCGUUUCCUUCCAGUAACGUACCAAGAUCAGCGAAAUCUUGGCAUCAGCUAGAAAAAGAUAAAAUAGAAAAUCCCUCAUUUGCACAGAGAACAUAUUUGUCAAACUGUGGUGUUAUUUAUUGUAGGUUGUUAUCUAGGGGACGCCCUAUCAACGUUUUUUUUUUGGUGUUUGAAAGUAUAUUCAUAUCAUUUAUAUUGUUUUUAUUCUUUCGUGGAACUCAACGUUUUGUGUAAGCCAAUGAUGACGUCUAUAGUUUUAAAAGUUGUUAAAGACUUCCGCGGCCAUCAGCGGGAAAUUCAAAAAUGCCAUACCAGGAACAUAAGCAUACCAGACUGUGUAGAAUUCAAAAUCACUACAAACGCCUGUCGAGGAUUUUGCGAAUCUUGGUCACUGCCCAGUAUCAUGUUGGGUUUCAAGCGGCAUCCCGUUACAUCAUUAGGUCAAUGUUGCAAUAUCAUGGAAUCCGAAGACGUACCUGUGAAAGUGCUGUGCUUAGAUGGAGAAAGAAAUUUAAUAUUUAAAUCAGCCGUUUCGUGUUCUUGUUACCACUGUCAAAAGGAAUAGGUAGAUUGAACUACGUAGAAGUCUUCAUCUCUUUAAAAAAAUUGUUUGUUCAGUACUGUGUAGAAAUUUAGGUAUACUUAAAUGUGACUAUAGAAGCUGAAAAUACUUACUAUCUAAGUAUGUACCUAUCUAUAAGGAAAAAUAACUUGCAACAUCAUACUAUCAAAUGUUACACUAGUUAAAUUAAAUGUGAUUAAACAUAUCGAACAUGUCAAAUCCAAA